GAAUUUUUUCGCAUGGCCUCGGUUGUUUUUCUCGAUCUGCAUUCUGGUCGGGCGAUGCGUCCCGUCGUGUUUCUUUGUUUAUGAUUUUGAUGAUGUCGCAGGCUCCUGCGGUGUUUCACUACGCUGGACCGAACCUUGAUGAGGGACACAGAGAGAAGCACAAACCCCCAGGACCUUAACUGAUAUACGCCGCCGCCCAUAUAAUGACUGAAACUACCUUUCUUCUGGCACGGUAUCGUCACCGGCCAAUGCCCCUCCUGUCUUGUCUUUUUCUUGUUGGCUUUGCCGCGUCAUUCGGCUUGGGGAGAGGCCUUGUGCCUUCGUGCCAGGACUUCAUGCGAGUCUGCGCUGACACAGUUCGGAGUUCGUUGGAAGGUGAGAGCUCUGUGCAUACUCCAGAGGCCAUGGCUACUAUUGGCUGCUCCAACUCGCUCGGCAUGGAUCCUCUCAGCUUUGCCCAUUUUCAACAUGGGACAUUUCUCGUGGCGUACCGAGGUCUUGUUCCCAAGGAGUUGACCACAGGCUUCGGAUCCCAACUAUAGACAACGGAGCAGUAAAAUCGACUCCACCAUGGCUGGACCCUUAUUUGGAUUGUUCUGGAUGGUGUCUUGGACGACGAUCUUUCAAAGAAGUGAAGCGAUUUCAAGGAUUUGGCUCACCAUCCAGACCCUCUUUCCGUCUGCUGUUCGGAGAUCUUGCAGAGACGCACAGCGUCCAGGCGAUCUCCUUAACAUGGGGCAGCUGAAUGGCAAAUUCGCCUCUCUUCCGCACCUGGCACCUCCCCAAGGCUCCCUUUCUUCCAGGACCAAAGACACAAACGUGUGAUUGAAGGAGAAGAAAGUUUCUCUGAUCUCGCGCUGGUAAGACUGGACAGCAUGUCGGCCGCCUCGCUGAGGUACCGGGCCAGAUCAUCAAUCGCAGUGUCU